ACCCCGGGCCGGGCCGAGCCAGGGUGGAGCCGCGGGGCCGUUCACACCUCGGUACGGCCCGGCACGGCUCGGCACGGCUCGGCCGGGAGCAUGAUCUUGCCCGCGGAGGGGAUGAGCACCGCGCACCCGCGGAGGAGCCCCUCCCGCGCUGCCGGGGCGGGGACACCGCCCGCUCUCUGUCGCCAUGGACGGCGCGGAGAUCUCCACAGGGUCCUCUGUCAGCCGUCUCCGGACUCACCCCUGAGGCAGGUCCCGCAGGGGCAGGGGAAGGUGACAGCCGCCAUGAGUUCGUCGGCACUGCUGGCAGAGGGGCCCCUCGACCCACCGGUGCUGCUGGCAGACAUCAAGACGGAACCCCCUGAGGAGCUGCUGGCCAGCGACUGCGGCCAGCCCCAGGCUGAGCCGGUUGAUCUCUCCCUCAACAAAUCCAAAGGGGCAGCAACCUCAGCUCCGCCACCUCCGCCGCCGCCUCCUCCACCACCGCCACCCCCCACCACCACCUCGGUCCAGUCCUCCCCCAUGCUGGUGGCUCCUCCGCUGCCCGUUCCCACCACGGUCUCCAUCACGCCCUCUGGCCUCGGCUCCACCUCGGCCAUCCCCGCUGUGCUCUCACCCGGCUCCAUCCUGGCCUCCACACAGGGCAGCAGUGGGCAGCAGAUCCUCCAUGUCAUCCACACCAUCCCUUCCGUCAACUUGCCCAGCAAGAUGGGCAACCUGCAGACCAUCCCCGUGGUGGUCCAGUCCCUCCCUGUCGUUUACACCACCAUGCCCACCGACAGCGUGGCCGCCAUCACCGUGCCCCUCAUCGGGGGGGACGGCAAGAACGCCGGGUCUGCUUUUCUUUCCCGCCCCCCACCAGUGAAAGUCGACCCCAGCUCCAUGUACCCCAUGGACAUGAACAGCGACAGUGAGGACAGUGCCUCCGAGAGUGGCCCAGCACCUUUCCAGGACCUCCAGAGAGAGCCGGCAGCACGGGGCCAACGAGCUGAGUCCCCUGACCUAAAGAAGAGACGAAUCCACCAGUGUGACUUCGAGGGCUGCAACAAGGUCUACACCAAAAGCUCCCACCUCAAAGCUCACCGGCGGAUACACACAGGAGAGAAGCCCUACAAAUGCACCUGGGAAGGCUGCACCUGGAAGUUCGCCCGCUCGGACGAGCUGACGCGGCACUUCCGCAAGCACACAGGCAUCAAACCCUUCCGCUGCUCGGACUGCGACCGCAGCUUCUCCCGCUCCGACCACCUGGCCCUGCACCGCCGCCGCCACAUCAUGAUGUGAGGAGCAGCCUGCCUUGGCAUGGAUGGGGGCUCAUCUCCCACCCUCUUUUCCCUGCUCCUCCAGCUGUGGUGGAAGGGACUGGUGGGAGUGGAGAGGCCGAGCUCUGCUUGGUGGCGAGCGGACCGUGGCCCCGCCGGUGUGAGAUGCUUUCCAGACUGCUCCUCCUCCUUUGCUCCUGUUUCUUGGUUUUGCUGAGCUUCUCCUUCUCACCCACAACAUCCAGAGGCUCCUUGACUCCUCACCCGGACCUCCAGGCCUCCUGCCCAUCUCCAUCUUGUGUGCUCACUGUCCCCAUUCGAGUCCUUGUGGACAAAAACUGGGAGCCAUGGUGAAGAUGGAGGUGAGGAAGAGGUUCAGCCGUUGCCCCCCUGCAAUAUCUGUUUGCCUCCUUCCUCUCCAUCCCCACGUACUGCCUGUCCUUGUGGGAGAAGGGACCUUGUCAAGACACCUCUUCCUGCCUCCCUGAGCUUCAGGGGAGGUGCUGGGGGCACACAGAAGGAAAAGGCAAGAAAGGGUGGGGGAGAAACCCCCAUGAACCCAGCAGCAACCCACCCAAGAACCCAACAGCAACCCACCAAGCUGACCACCACCACUUCCACCACUGAGGAAAAAGGGAAACUGUAGCGGAACGUGGAACUGUGAUUUUAUGGAAUUUUAAGGGGGGGUGGGAUGGGGUGGGGA